UUAUUUGUAUAUUUGUAGAGGCGCCGCCGCCGCCGCCGUGAGGUCGCGAGACCAUUCGAGUCGAGGCGAGUCCACCCUACCAGGCCACCACAGGCAGAUUCGAGCGCGACGACAUGGCGAUGCGGUCCGUGCUGGCCUCCCUCCCCGCGCGCCUCCGCGCCCCCUCGGCCCCCGCGGCCGCCUGCGGCCGGCGCCUCCUCAGCGACGGCAAGGGCCGCUUGCUAAGCGAGGAGGAGCGCGCCAAGGAGAGCGUCUACAUCCAGAAGAUGGAGAGGGAGCGGCAGGAGAAGCUCAAGAAGAAGCUCGAGCAGGAGAAGGCCAACGCCGACAAGACCAAGCCCGCCGACGCCGACAAGAAGCCCGAGGGAUCUAACUAGAAUUGGCACGGUGCUGCCCGAAGGCAAUCCAGUUUCACCUGUCUCCGAUGGACAAGCUUUGUGUUUACAUGUCUAGCGAUGGAAGAAUAAAUUCUGUAAAACGUUAAUGGCUCGACCGCACUGGAUAUGUGUUGUGUUUUUCGGUUGCUCGGGCGUGUUAAAGACGGCAUCAUCCGUAGUUUGAGACUCUGUUGCUGUUGAAACUUAUGUCGUUGUUGUGUUGCUCUCUUGUGGUAAAUCAGUCUUGUUGCGUUGUCUUCUGUUUA